CUUCUGCUCUGCUCUGCUCUGUCUCAAUUCGUCCUUGUUGCUCUUCUCUUCCAUGCUAAUUUGAGAGAUUGGGCUUGAGGAUCUGUUUCCGAGAUUACGAAAUGCUUUAGUAGUGUGAGUUCUAAGGUUAUUUACCAAUGGUUGGACAUGUUGUUGUGUCUCCUUCAUCGAGCGUUCAGCUCCGGAUGCACAAUGUUCACUCUAGUCAAACAAGCUGCUUCUCCACAAAUCCUCGUGUAAAAUUUUCCCAGAGGAGUUGCAAGAUCGUAUCAAGGAAAGCUUACAAAUUUAAUGUUUCUACUUCCUUGAAUCUUGGAUCGUCUUGUUCUCAGGGAGAUUCUACUUGUAAGUGUACUUGUUUUGCUUCUCUGGCGGAUUUUGAUGGUGUUGCUGGUUCUGGUUGGGUUCCUAUUGGUGACCAAGUUCUCUUGACGGCUAGUAUAUUUCUUACGUAUAUGGCUGGAGUGAUUCCUGUUCAAAAAACCUCUACCUACUCUUCGGGAAAGAGUACGAUCGUGGAGGAGAUACCAGAAGUUGGAACUUCAAAAUCUUCUGGUAGGGAGACAGAUUUUGAGGGUGAUUUGAAGUCUGUAUGGGAUGUGGUGAAAGUAAAGCUUUUAGAUUCUUUAGACGCCAUCAAGCGUGAGAAUACACUUGGAAGCAAAGUUCUCAAACCCAAACCUCCCCAAGGGAAGCCCCCAUUGAGUUUGUAUGCGAUAUCUGAAGGGCCUCAGUUGUACUUGCUCUGGUCAUGUUUUCAGAAACUUGAAGAAGAGACAAAUAAGAUCUCUGGCACAAUCAAUUCAGAUGAGUGGAUGGGUAGUUUUACUCAAAUUGUUCGAGAAGCAUAUCAAGCAGCAUGCACGGCUUGGCUAAAAGAGGAACUGUAUGUGGAAAACACUGAUUCUGACAAUGCGAUAACUCCUUUGCUGAUCAGAAUGCUAAAUGAAAAGGAUGCUAUAUUUGACAAAAUAAGAAAAUCAGGCAAGGAGGAUCUGUUUGCAGAAUUUUUAUAUUUCCAUAAAUUUGGAUCUCCCGGGAAAGCUUUCUGCUAUGACUUGAGCUUCUUUCGCACUCACGGAGUUGCCAUUUUGGAAGACUUCAUGAUAACAUUGGCGGAUGGGGUCGCUAGCAUCUAUCUAGAGCUUAUUUCUGUAGACAGCAAAUUUUCAAAUGAAAUGAAUAGUGGAGGAUUAAGUAUCUGUAGCCUUUCUAGUCGAGCACUCCAAAAACUACGUAACGAGGUAGCUCUAUAUCAGUGGUUGCAUCAGAAUCUGGAAGCAGUUGUAUCGAUGUAUGAAGAUCGCUUUGACCUCUACAUUCUUCAAACCCAGGUUAUCAACAACCUUGAUGGUAGUGACGAUACAGAAAGCCUUAGUUGGUGGAGAAAGUUCACACUGGGAAAAACUAAAGCUGCCCCAUCAUCACCCUUGCGAUACUCCAUAAUCAGCGACUUUUCAUUGCCCGUUAAACGAACCAAGGAGCUUAAAGCUCUAUCGGGAUGGAGGUACUACUUCAGUCUAUUUCUGGAGUUAUCAGACAUCGGGAUGCCAAUUAUCAGAGUGGUGUUGGAUAAAGUGAGUAGCGUCAUAUCCUUCUUUCUCGUCACCUUGAUCGGUAGAUCAGUCGGACUCAUCUUCACCGGCAUUAGACAGUCUCUCCGCUGGAAGUGAAAUCUCAUAUAACCGUGAUGGUAAUUUUUUUGCGUCGACCUCAUUUUUGGUGUUCUUUUCAUUAUUCUUGUUUGGUAUGUGAUAAAUUGGUGAAAUAUGAUUUUUAACUUGUAGUUUUGGCAUUGAUUCAACAAUAUUACCAAUGUUCUUGUGCUUCCGGUUUUUUUUUUUUUUUUCCUCUGGAAAAGAGUACCUUCAUGUCUUAUGCAAGUUAGGAAAUUUACGAGCUACCUAGGUAUGUGUCAAUUACCAAAAUGAUACUACCUUUUGUAUCAAUUUUUAGAGUUGAUCUUCGUAUUUGUGAUGGUUUUAAUAA